AAACUGGCAAACAAAUGCCACACACACUGUCUAAGGGGCGGGGGGUGGGGGAGCGAUCGUGAACUCCAGUGCAAAUGAGUUUAAAGGGAAGAAAAGGGAAAAAGUCAGCACAAGUUUCCCUAAAGCUAGCUUGCGCUCACAGGCGUCGCGAACAAGGGCUUUUGUGCCCGCUAAUUGCACCAUUUGUGCGCAAAAGUUCCGACGCGAAGUGUGAACUCUCAACAGAAGGAAACAUGAGACAACUGAAGUGCCCCGGUUUCUGUGCCCUGCUCCUCCUCCGCCGCCGCCGCCUCUUCUUUCUCCUUCCUCCCGCGGAGCCCGCUGUUGCAGCUUGUUUGCACUGGGGCUUAUCCGGAGCGGAAAUUCCUUUCCGUUUUUGUGAAUGACAAACUCAUUAACAAUUCAUCAACACAACCUGUUCCAGCCGGCCCGUCCCCACGGCAACAGCCCCUUCCGCAGAGCGCUCAUUGGCUGGCCCGGAGAAUGUAUCCAUUGAGACGCUCGCUGUUUGUAUCCAUUGAGGAGCUGCCUCGCGCAGGGGGUGUGCGAGCGCCGUGUCCAAGGGAGAGUGAGCAAUCGAGGUUUGAAUAAUCCUAGGAGAAAGACGGCCGGGUGGAUUUGAGGUGCAGUCUUGGAGCGAAGGAUUAGGAGCCGCUGGACUUUUCUUUCCUCCCUUCUCUGUAGCACGGAGUCCGAAUUAAUCGGAUUUCAUUCAUCCUGGAGGAACAAAACUGUCUGGGCAGCUUCAUUCAGGGAGAUUCAUUGACACCGAGAACGAGCGGCUGCAGCCGGGUGCAGAGGGAACCGCCGGCUUCACUUCGGUCUCGCCUGCCCCAACCGCUAUCCCGGCUUGGGAAGAGCGAGGUGGACUCCAACCCCGCUCCGAGAGCGGCGGCUUCCCGCGGCGCGCUCGGCCUCUGCCUGCCCCGAGGGGCGUCUGAUAGGCACCCCGCCCUCUCCGGCAGCUCGACCCCCAUGAUAGAUACGCUCAGACCCGUGCCCUUCGCGUCGGAAAUGGCGAUCAGCAAGACGGUGGCGUGGCUCAACGAGCAGCUGGAGCUGGGCAACGAGCGGCUGCUGCUGAUGGACUGCCGGCCGCAGGAGCUCUACGAGUCGUCCCACAUCGAGUCGGCCAUCAACGUGGCCAUCCCGGGGAUCAUGCUACGGCGCCUGCAGAAGGGCAACCUGCCGGUGCGCGCGCUGUUCACGCGCGGCGAGGACCGGGACCGCUUCACGCGGCGCUGCGGCACGGACACCGUGGUGCUCUACGAUGAGAGCAGCAGCGACUGGAACGAGAAUACGGGCGGCGAGUCGGUGCUCGGGCUGCUGCUCAAGAAGCUCAAGGACGAGGGCUGCCGGGCGUUCUACCUGGAAGGUGGUUUCAGUAAGUUCCAAGCCGAGUUCGCCUUGCACUGCGAGACCAAUCUAGACGGCUCGUGUAGCAGCAGCUCGCCACCGUUGCCGGUGCUGGGGCUCGGGGGCCUGCGGAUCAGCUCCGACUCCUCCUCGGACAUUGAGUCUGACCUUGACCGAGACCCCAAUAGUGCAACGGACUCGGAUGGCAGCCCUCUGUCCAACAGUCAGCCUUCUUUCCCCGUGGAGAUCUUGCCCUUCCUCUAUUUGGGCUGUGCCAAGGACUCCACCAACCUGGACGUGUUGGAGGAGUUUGGCAUCAAGUACAUCUUGAACGUCACCCCCAACUUGCCGAAUCUCUUUGAGAAUGCAGGAGAGUUCAAAUACAAGCAGAUCCCUAUCUCGGAUCACUGGAGCCAAAACCUGUCCCAGUUUUUCCCUGAGGCCAUUUCUUUCAUAGAUGAAGCCCGGGGCAAAAACUGUGGCGUCCUUGUGCAUUGCUUAGCUGGCAUCAGUCGCUCGGUCACUGUGACUGUGGCUUACCUUAUGCAGAAGCUCAAUCUGUCGAUGAACGAUGCUUAUGACAUUGUGAAGAUGAAGAAAUCCAACAUCUCCCCCAACUUCAACUUCAUGGGCCAGCUGCUGGACUUCGAGAGGACGCUGGGACUGAGCAGCCCCUGUGACAACCGCGUGCCCACACAGCAGCUCUAUUUCACCACCCCCUCCAACCAGAAUGUGUACCAGGUGGACUCUCUGCAAUCCACGUGAAGGCCCCCGCCCCCCCAGCUGGAAUGUGUCCAGUCGAUCCUUAGCAGUUUCUCUUAGCAGCAUCAGCCAGGCUGCUUUCUUUGUAUGUGGCCCCAGGUGUCAGUAGGACACCAGCUGUCUGUAUUAGACAAGGUUACCACGUAAGGAAUUGGCUAUUCCCAAGGGAGAGAUUUGCUCCCUUCCUGUUGGAAGAACAGGACCUGCUGUAUAGACCCAGGCCGUAGGUUCGCUCCACACCCGUGUGUACAGCCUACCCCUGCAGGGACUGGAAUUCGAGGACUUCCAGGUACAUAGGGUAGGACCAAAUGGUAGGGUAGGAGCAUGUGUUCUUUCGGGCCUUGUAUGACUGUUUCUUUUGCAUCUGGAACUGAUUCUAUAUUGUCUUCAGUGAAGACCGAUUCAAUUUUGCAUAUAAAGGAGCCAAAGAGAGGUUUCAGCUCUGUGUUUGUAGUGUCAGUUUGCAAAAAACAAACAAAAAUAAAUAAUCAAUCAAAUGAAUCUCAUAUUCCAUUUGAUUAUUGUAAAUAUUUGAUCUUAAAUCACUUGACUGUUUGUUUGAACUGUGUUUUUCCUUUGAUGGGUUUAAAAGAAAUCAUCCAAAGGGAGAAAGAGCAGUUUGCCACUUAAAAAUAAUGGAAACUUCUGCUCUUUUUUGAAUCCAAAGGAUAUAUUUGCAGCAUGCUCAACGUUACCAAUUCUGAAUGACAUUUUCAUGGACACUUAAUGAUCAUGGAGACCUUGUUAUGGUGCAGUCUUCAGUCUCUUUCAUGUAUCUUCCUUGUGACUUUUUUUCUCCUUAAUGUAGUUUGACUCUGCCUUAUCUUUGUAAAUAUUUCGGUUUGUAUUGUCUCAGAGUGGAUAUCUUGGAAAGACACCAAAAUCAUGGGCUCACUUUUUUGUUGUUGAAACUUCAGCUGUGCUAAACAGUAUCUUACCUCUGUACAAAAUUCUUCAGGGAGUGUCACCUCAAAUGCAAUACUUUGGGUUGGUUUCUUUCCUUUUUAAAAACAAUUUGUGUGAAACUGGAAGCGUGUGUGUGUGUGUAUGUGAAAGUGAGCAUGGGUACUCAUUCAAUAGGCGACAUGCAUAUGAUUGUGAAGGAAGGAGACAAGUGGCUCCAUAUGUUCAUGGUGUAAAGUUCUGAGCUGAAAUUUUAUUAUAAGAAUGUAAAACCUUAAAUUAUUAAUAAAUGACUAUUUUGGCUA